GGGUGAAAGACUCGGCUGGUGGAGGCUCUGUAGGCGAGCAAAGGAGCACAGUUGCGAGGAGGGGAAAAUGAUCUGGAAGAGAAAGUUGCACCGGGCGGGCUUUUUCCUGUAAUGCUUUGCCGCUCUCUAGGUCAUGUUGUUCACGAGCGUUUGUUAUAACGGAUAUUGUCUGGAGGUAUGUGUUGCUAUCUUCCUUUUAAAAAGUCCUUAUUUUCCUUUGAAUGGUGAGUGCAUUUUUGGUUUAGUUCAAGUGUGUUUUCAUCAAAUGGAAGAAAAGUGGUCUUCAGAAGGAACCCGUGGUGGUGGUGAUAACCUUCAGAAUGAACAGAAAAAGAGGAAGAGCAUUACUGCCUCUAGCUCUUUGACCAACAUUCACAAUUCUGUUGAGAACCUAAUCUCUAGUUCUUCGGACUCUCUGGAUUUGAGCAGAAAGGAUCUGCAGCAUAUAACUGAGGAUAUAUAUAAGUUAUUAAACCUUAAACAUCUGUAUCUGGAAGGGAAUGCCCUGUCUGUGAUUCCAGAGGACUUUUUUCAGCACCUGCCAAAUCUUGUUUGGCUGGAUCUACGGUAUAACAUAAUUAAAGAGCUUCCCUCAAGAAUAGGAUGCCACAAGCAAUUGAAAACUCUGCUGCUAGAAAGAAAUCCUAUUAAAAGACUGCCUGUAGAGUUUGGUAACUUAACUUCACUGACAGCCUUGAAUCUCAGACAUUGUCCCCUGGAAUUUCCACCUCCUGAAGUGAUACAGCAGGGCCUACCUAUUAUUUUAUGCUUCCUUCAAAAGUACAAUAAUCAGAAUCUUGAUGACUCAGAUCCUGUUUCUCCAGAAUUGCCUUCUCUGCUAGAACAAGAAGCAAAAGCCAUUGUUAGAGAAUACAAGAGAAAAUGCGACAGACCACCAGAUCGUAGGAAAGCUUUCAACGAUUUGUGGAAACAGAUGAGCUUCAUUAAAAUGCCUCCCAUUGAAAAGUUAAACCUGACGGAUGUCGUGAAAUCAAGUAUGGAUUUAUCAGAUGGAUGGCCUAAUGAGGAAGAAAUGAUACGAUUUCAGAAGCUGAGAGAAGAAAUAAUGCAAAAAGAAAGAGACGAGUAUCUUGCAGACCAAAAAUUACACAACGACUCUAUGACUUCUGUGUUCACAAAGAAAUCCAAUGCAAAACAGAGCCUCUCUCGCAAAUGGUCUAUCACCUCAACCAGGGACAAGAAGAAUCUGUUUCCUGCAGUUUCAUCCUAUGAUCUGCUUAUUCAGUCUAAGAGGGCUGAAGAGUGUCGAUUGGCAGCGCUCAAGGAAAUGAAGGAGAAACAGGCUUUAAUUGAACAGCGGAGAAAAGAUAAAGAAGUGCUUCAGAAAUGGAGGAGGCAGGCCAGGCUGAUGAGAGAGAAGAAGGCAGAACUGUACUCAUUUGUAUCAGAAAAAGGAGACAUGGUCCCACAGAAUGCGCCACCUUAUGCUGUCGACAAUGAUAACAAUUACCAUGGCAAGCUAGAAGGCUGGGGAGUACUGAAGAAACAAGAACCAACGGAGACAACACUGAAUUUGAGCACUGAGAAACCCACUGACGAGGCAAGAACUGCCAAAUACAGGGAAGUGGAAAACCGUAUUAGGCAGCUCACACAGAUAAUGAAAGAAAGAAGGAAAAAGUUAUCAGGAAUACCCCAUGAGGAUAUGGAAAGAGCAAAGCAAGACUUUCAAACGGCUGAGGAACUAGAAGCAGAGCUAGCCGACUUGAAAAAGGACCUUCACCCAGAAUAUCGGUUCACUGCCUUUACCGGAGAAUUGCCAGCAGGACCAUUAUCAGUCACAAAACCUCAAAAUAUCUUUUCUAACAUGACAUUUUAAUUAUAUGAAAGAGUUUUGUUCAUGCAACAACCCCCUGCAGUUGCAUGCUUUUUGGUGGAUCUGCAUCUAAGCAGACUUCAUAAAGUUGUCCUUUUCUCCUUUA